AUGCGGUCUCAGGCUCUCGCCGUCUCUCAGUCAUGGCCCGGGUUCGACGCGAUCAAAUACUUCAUCGUGUUCGGGGACUCUUACUCCUCAGUUGGAUUCACCUCCAGGGACCCGCCUCCCUCAGACGAUGAACCCCUUGGGAUACCCUUCCCCGGGAUCACCUCCUGCGAGGUCGUCGACGCGGCCAAUCAAGUCACCUACGAGCCCAACUGGGUCGGCCAUCUUAACAAGCAUCGUCGAGCGUCGCCCUUGCGUGUUCUCAACUACGCGGUCAGCGGCGACACUGUUGCUCGUCUCAGGAAGUGUCAGGUCCACCGCGAGUUUCUCACUUCUGCGGGAACGAAGCCAGAAUGGGCUCCCUGGACGGCGAGCGACACGUUGGUAACGAUCUGGAUCGGUAUCAACGAUUGCACGUGGGACGUGCGGCUGAAGGUCCUCUCUGCGCAACCGGCCUUCGAGGACCUCGUCAAGGCGCUCGCGGCCUUGUACGGAUCGGGCGCGAGGAACUUCUGUUUGUUCGAUAUGCCGUCGAUCUUCACGUUUCCGGGUGGAAACAAAAAUCAAGAUACGCAAGACGCAUUCGUGGAUUGGAACGCGUCUCUGAAGACCAACUUGGAGGCGUUCGCCGCGGCACACCCGGAUGCGACUGUGAUGAUAUUCUCUGCGUUCGACCUGUUUGAGCGUGUACGUACAGACCCAGCACAGUUUGGGUACACGCAGGCGGAUUUGGAUCAGGGAACGCUGUUCGUCGACAGGUUUCAUCCCGCGUCGAAAUUCCACGAGGUGAUCGCGCGCGAGUUUGCCACUUUCGUAGGAAGCCUGGAGAUGUUGAGAGUGUAG